GCUGAUGGAACAGCGCUGAGAUCGUUCAAAACCGAUGCUGACAGACAUAUUUGGAGUUCCAAUGCGCCCAGUGGUGGUCCAUUGGAGGAACCAUUCGAGAAAGAAGAGGGCGCAGAGGUGGAACAAACGGAAUCCGAUGGAGUCCACUGGGACGUGCUUGGAAGAGGCUGGCUUUCAGUGUUCAAUUUGAGGGUGGAUGACAAUUUCAGUGCGAAAUAUUUACGACUCAGCGCUAAAUUAUUCAGAAGUGUAAGAAUGUUGUGGUCUGUGACUGAAUGGCCACUCGAUUCAUCACCGGAUUCGACGUCGAUUUUGCAUUCGAAAAGUGCGAGAGGUGUACGACGACGAGCACAGCGACGGGACGGUACGAUAGCAGUUUGCAGCUGA